AUGAACAAUCAAUACAUCCGUCGGGAAAUCUUCUGCUGCGAAACCUGUCAUGAGCUCAAAAGCUUCUGGGAAAAAGAAAUUAGCAAACAGACUUGUUACCGGGAACUGGAAGAAGAUCGUCGGGGAAGAAGUGCCCUGAGAAAGCUCAGGGAGGAGUGGAGGCAGCGGCUGGAGAGGAGGCAGCGGAUGCUGGACAACCCCGAUGAGAAGGAAAAGCAGGCGACCCCCGUGGACUGA